GUGCAACUGAAUUAACACACAGAAGAAAAAGGACACCAGAAAGAGGGAGAGAGAGGUAGACACAGUUCCUCUUGUUAAAUCCCUUUUCUCAUGUUAAUCUGUAAAGACUUUCUGUUCUCUUGUCCAAGUCUCAUUAUUGUCCAAAAAAAAACUGUCUGGAUCUGAAAUUUUGAAUCGAGAGCGGUUUCGAAUAUUUUUGUGGAAUACGAAGCGUGUAGGCCAGUGCUGCUGAAGAUUAUUACUUCGAAGAGAAGCAAUUUUUUUUUUCUUUUGAAAAACUCGUAAGCUCAAGUAUCAUUGUUGGUUUGGUUGGUGACAAGCAAAAGCAAUGGAGUCGAGGAUGGAUCAGUACGAGAUCAUGGAGCAGAUCGGUCGUGGUGCGUUUGGUGCUGCUAUUCUAGUUCAUCACAAGGCCGAGAAAAAGAAGUAUGUUCUGAAGAAGAUUAGAUUAGCUAGGCAAACGGAACGUUGCCGCAAAUCUGCUCAUCAAGAAAUGGCUUUGAUUGCGAAGGUUCAGCAUCCUUACAUCGUGGAGUAUAAAGAAGCUUGGGUUGAGAAAGGUUGUUAUGUUUGUAUCGUCACUGGAUACUGUGAAGGGGGAGAUAUGGCUGAGUUGAUGAAAAAGUCAAACGGUGUGCAUUUUCCUGAGGAGAAACUCUGCAAGUGGUUUACUCAAUUGUUGUUAGCUGUUGAGUAUCUUCAUUCUAACUAUGUUCUACAUCGUGAUCUAAAGUGUUCCAACAUUUUCCUUACAAAAGAUGACGUCCGCCUUGGGGACUUUGGUCUGGCCAAAACUAUGAAGGCGGAUGACCUAACUUCCUCGGUUGUUGGAACUCCAAACUACAUGUGCCCGGAACUGCUUGCUGAUAUCCCUUAUGGUUUUAAAUCAGAUAUAUGGUCCCUAGGCUGUUGUAUAUAUGAGAUGGCUGCGUUUCGACCUGCUUUCAAAGCUUUUGAUAUGGCAGGGCUUAUAAGCAAGGUUAAUCGCUCCUCAAUUGGUCCGUUGCCUACGUGCUACUCACCAUCGUUAAAAGCACUGAUCAAGGGGAUGCUAAGGAAAAACCCUGAGUACCGGCCAAGCGCCUCGGAGAUUUUGAAGCAUCCUUAUUUGCAACCAUACGUUGAGCAGUACCGUCCAGCCAUCUCCGCAGCAACUAUACCCCCAGAGAAGCCUCUCAAUUCUCGUGAGGGACGGAGGAGUAUGGCUGAAAGCCAAAACAGCAAUAGUUCAAGUGAAAGAGAUAAUAAUUUCUACGUGAGUGACAAAAACAACCGUACUAAAAUCACUGACACCGUUACACCACCUUGUGUUGUUGUUGAUGAAGACGAGAUUCUGGACCAAGUGCAACAACAACAACAACAAAACGAAAACGUCAAGAGUGUUUCAGCAGAUAGUCAUGGGAUAUUAAAGCCGCCCUCACAGAGUGAUGACAUUGUUCAACCAAGGCAACACCACCCAAAAACUAUUAGAAACAUCAUGAUGGUUCUGAAAGAAGAGAAAGCUAGAGGGAGAACUACAACACAGAAGAUUAUUACCGAAACUCCUUCAAAGAUUCCCAAACUCAGUGACAUUGCUCAUAGCUCCAAGACUAACUCAAAUACACCAGCAAGGAACCCGGGUUCGAUACCACCGAAGCAUCAUCAAAUGCCAGUGACUGACUCUUCUCAUAAACUUAAGCCUAGAAACGAAGAGGCAAUGUCAACUAAGCGAAGACUAAGAACACCUCCUCCUACUUUACAAAGAAGAACGUCUUUGUCAGGGCAAUCAGGAACAACAGAUAAGGAAACCAUGAAGCUGUAUCCAUCAGAGCAGGAAACUAACUCUCAUCUUGAGCCAAAGAGAAUCUCUUCGAAAGAGAUGCAGAGUGAAAGCAGUAACUCUAUUUCAUCUUCCUUGUCCAUGCAGGCUUUUGAGCUCUCUGAUGAUGCUGCUUCCACACCGUAUAUCGACAUGUUACAACAACAUACUGACCACGUACCAUCAUGUCACAGUGAGUAUUCGUCUUCAGAGAUGAUGAUGAUCCGCAGCACUAGCAUGCGGCUUGAUGAAACUGUUCCUGAUGUUCCCCAUCACCAGUCCAAAGAGAGUAGUAGUAGCCCUGUGACUUUGCAAAGCUAUGAGCCUAAUGCGUCACAACGACACGGUGAUGAUAAUAAAUUCACGGCAACAACACCUUUGCAUGCUGAACCUUCUCCACAAGUGAGUGACAAAACCAUGGUCUCUCAUAACUCAGCUCUUGAGAACAACAAUCCGGUUGUGGAUGACGUCAUACAUGUGAUCCGCCACAGCAGUUUCCGUGUAGGGAGUGACCAGCCGGUGAUGGAAAGUGUUGUGAGAGAUAAACUUGAAGUCAGGAAAGUAGCCACUCCUUCUGAAACCACUGAGAGCCGUCCUGAAGAACCGAACCCUAUCACUAAUGAUUACUCAGAAACCAAGAGCUUUAUUAACUCAUGUACUGAUUCUUCACCACCUGAGACAAGACAAAACUCAUUCAUGCCUGAAGAGGAAACAAAUCCUACGGUUGCACCUGUGAAAGAGACGUUGGACAUCAAAUCUUUCAGACAGAGAGCAGAGGCGCUUGAAGGUCUGUUGGAGCUGUCUGCGGAUUUGUUGGAACAGAGUAGGCUUGAAGAGCUAGCUAUCGUGUUGCAGCCCUUUGGUAAGAACAAAGUUUCCCCUAGAGAAACUGCUAUUUGGUUGGCAAAGAGUUUGAAAGGAAUGAUGAUUGAAGACAACAACAGUGGCAGCAGCUCUAGGAAUUGUUCAUGAUUUCAUGCAUUUUAUCUCUCUUUUCUGUUAAUCUUUUCUUUUAUUUCCUGUAACUUUAUAUUGUCAAAAAUUAAUAAUUCUUAUAUGUGGAAAGAAUCUUUUUUCUUUUAAUUGAG